AAAAAACCUACAGUGUCCAAUAUUAAAGAAUGUUUCACAGAAUACUCCCUAGAAGAAAAAGUGGAAGCUUUGAAGAAUUUACUUAUUCAUAAUGAAAAACAUAGAGAGAAUCUUCUAUUGCACAAAAAUAUAAGGCACAAUACUAAAAAUAUAGUUGGUGUAAAAGAAUGUCUACAAGCAGAUGAAAAAACGCCAUUUCAAACUAUCAUCUCUGAAUUAAGAAAUACUGUAAUGAAUAGCUAUUGGAAUAAAGAAGUUGGUAAAACACGUGAUCAAAUUCCAAAUCUUCCAAUUGGUAUGAAUCCAUUGGAAACAACUUUUGGAAAAAAAACUCAGUCUGAAGCAACUAUGGCUGAACUACUUCAAACAGAAUCAAGUCAAACUGAUGUUUCAAAUACAGAUGUCCUUGCAUUGUAUAAACAAUGUCAUAACAGUUAUCAGCCUGCUGAGCAAAUUAAGAGACAUUACAAGGAACCAUUCAAUGAAAAUCUUAUAUUUGGGAAAUCAAAAAGUACCAACAAUAAUGGCACACAAUUAAAAAAGCUUCUAACAUGGAUCAAUUCUGAUUCUACUACAGUAGCUAAUUCUAUUUUAGCAGAUUUUAUGGAACGUUCACAUUCUCGUGUUGGAGAAGUAAGGAAUUUCAAAAACGCAUAUCCAUACAUGUCUAUGGUACAUGGGAAAGCAAGUGAAAGAAAAGAAAUAAAUGAAAUAGAAAAUGCUUUAAAUGACUGUCAUAUAAAUAAUGAUGCAAUACUACAAAAAAAAUACUUGCAAUAUAUUAACAGUUUACGUCAAAAAUUCAAGAAGCGUACUCCAGAAAUUCCAUUUUUAGACAUUUAUGAAGAUCUAUUGUGUCUUGAUAAAAAUUAUAUAGGACUGUUACCAGAAGACAUUAUUAGUUCUACAUUAACUAAAUAUAAAAUACAUUUAAAUCAAGUACUUCUAAUACCACUGUUGAAUCUUCUUCAAAUACGCAAGGAAAAGAAUAUAAACUAUAAAGAAUUAUUAAAUCUUUUAAAUUGGAGAUAUGAUUUGCCAACAUUACCAAAAGUAGAAAGGAUACCUUUAGAAUGUCAAUACUAUAGUACUACAUAUAGAGAUACAAUAGAGAAUAUGGACAGAAUAGAUGCUACAAAUACUCCUACAGCAGGGAUUAUAUCUAAAGAUCCUGAAGAUAAAACUUCUGCUUACAGUCUCAUAUUUCCAAAUAUCUUUACAAAGCAUGGCCUAGACUAUAAAGAUCUUUCCAAACUUAGAAGUAAAGAAGAAAUACGAAGUAUUUUUGCAAAUAUUGAAGUUGAAUUUCCUAAUAACAGUUUUGAUUUGCUUUGGGAAGAAGGGCUAAAAAAAAAUGGCACAGACAAUCUAUCUGUUGAAACUUUUAGAAACUUGCUUGACGAACGCGAUUUAACAGAAAUAAAACAAAAUUAAUAAUUUGUUUAAAUAGUCUUUUAUAUUCGAAAUAUAACAUUCAUUUCAACUAUAUACAGAAAUAUAAAUCCUUUAUAUUUGCACAUUAUGUAAUCAGUUUUGGGAUUACAUUAAAUAAGCAUUAUUAAAUAAAUAGUUUCUGGCACUGCAUUAUACAUUGAAUAAUGAACCAACAGCAUUUUACAUAUUUGGAUAUCAUCAAGUUAAACACAUACAUUUAGUAUAAAAGAAACCUAUGUUAAAAAAUAUAAAGUGUAGCACUCAAAACAGGCCAUUUUCCGUUUUUGAUAUUUUUUAUAACAGGAAGUAAUAUUGCUUAUAAAAGUUAUGCUUCUGGGAUAAUUAGCUACUAAAUUAUAAUAGAAUUAUAAUCUUUGAACAGCUAUAUCACAUGUACAUUAUUUCUAAUACAAAUGAACAGCAAACAACAGUUUAAAUAUUAUUUUAUAAGUUAAAAAUCUCAAAACCUAUUAAUUUUGGGAUAGAUUACCUUAAUUUUUUUACUUUGAAAAUUCAUUACUCUACCUAAUUUUGAUAUAAAAAUUGAACACUCCAUUUAAAAGAAUGAAAUUGGCAAUUAAAUUUCUUCGACACCUUCAUCUGCAAAGAAACUAUUGCUAUCAUAAUUAUGUUUCUUUCCAAGUAAUGUAACUUUCUUUA